UCUGAAAGUUGUUCUCUUGGUAAAUUCCAAAUUUUUGGCUAAAAUCUUAUGUGAGAGCUUUCGGCAUGAUCAUCAAGUACUUCCUUUGCGGCUUUCAAAAUAAACCCACAUCAUGCGUUGCCAGGAGAGGCAUAAGACGGUUGCAUGUCAAGGCCGUUUCAGUAUAUCCUAAACGUGCCAUUGCCUUCCGCAGAAUGUCAAGCUCCAACUGCAAGAGCCAGAAACUUUUAGAUGCGUUUCGUACCUGCUCCGGCGCUGUUGGCAUGGGGUGUGCCAUCUCGUUGCUCGCAAAGGGCGUUACUAAUCACUUGGCUCUCUACGAUAUUAAUGAGAAACUGUGUCAUGCCGAGUCCUUGGACCUGCAGCACGGCUCAUUAUUCCUCAACAAUUGUAACCUGGAGCCAACAUGCAAUGUUAAGGCUACCAAAGACUCAAGAGUGGUUAUCCUAACGUGUGGAGCGCGCGUCAAGGAGAAUGAGACUCGCUUGCAAGUGGCCCAAAAGACUGCGGAUAUUAUCAAGAGCGUAAUGCCGGAUCUAGUCCAGCAGAGCCCCAAGGCGGUGUAUAUCGUUGUGUCCAAUCCAGCAGACGUCAUGACUUGGGUGGCCCACAAAGUAGGUAAAAUACCUUACGAGCGUUGCAUCAGUACUGGCUGUCAUUUGGAUACAGCACGCUUCCGUUUAUUUAUUGGCAAGCUUUUGGGCGUGUCGACAAGCUCAGUACACGGCUAUGUCCUUGGGGAGCAUGGAGAAUCUUCGGUGCCGAUGUGGUCCGCAGUAACUGUGGGUGGGGUGAGGCUCCAGAAGCUGAUUCCCACUAUGGGUACGGGAAAGGAUCCGAUGGAAUGGUCCAAGGUACACAAGGACGUGAUAGAUGCCGCAUUCAAGGUGAUCGCAGGAAAGGGUUAUACCAAUUGGGCCAUUGGCCUAACCGUUGCCGAUGUGGUGUCUGCCAUAUUUGAGAACAGCAAUCGUGUGUUGUCAUUGUCAACAAAUGCAAAUGGAAUGUGUGGAAUCAAAGAGAAUAUAUUUCUAUCGCUACCAUGCAUUGUAAACAAAUGGGGUCUGUUUGGCAUCGUUCGGCCCCAACUAUCGGAAUGGGAGACAAAUGCGUUGAAGAAAUCGGCUAAAGAAUUAUUGGAAGCUCAAAACGGAAUUAAAUUAUAGAUGAUACAGAAAGCGUUUUGACUUUUUAAUCAGUCUUCUCAUAAGAUUUAACAGAUUUAAAAAAAAUUAUCGUUGGGCA